AUGCGAGUUUUCUUUGCACGAUCGGCUCGUAAGCCUCGCGUCAUCUUCAUCGUCGGAGUAGCACUCUUGCUAGCAUAUGCCUUCGCAAGGAACCUCUACACACUACUAGCGUCCCAACAGCGCUCUCAACCCGACUAUGCUUCCGCAAAGAACCGCGCGCCGUACCCGCCCGCAGCCAUAGGCAAAAACGUAACUUGGACAGACUACGCAUACGUACAAUACGUGACAGAUCCAAGCUAUCUGUGCAACUCUCUCAUGAUAUUCGAGGCCCUCAGGCGACACGGAACAAGAGCAGAACUCCUCAUGCUGUACCCGCAGGAAUGGGAAGUGCCCGGUGGUGUAUUCGAAGAUGAGGCUGAUGCUACCGACUACGAAGGAAAGCUGCUUGCUCGGGCUCGGGACAGAUAUGGGGCAAGGUUAAGCCCUAUCCAGGUACAGACUUAUGAGAACAAGAAUGAUACGACUUGGCAGAGUAGCUAUACGAAGCUGUUGGCAUUUAACCAGACUCAGUAUAAGCGUGUCAUUGCUUUGGACUCUGAUGGAACGCUUUUCAAUAAUAUGGAUGAACUUUUCUUCCUCCCCACAUCUCCAGUUGCGAUGCCUCGCGCAUACUGGCUCGAUCGGUUUUACUUGUCAUCCCUACUUGUAGUCAUCGAGCCGUCAGUAGAAAGUUGGCAGCGGGUACAGAGCGCGAUGGAAAACCACGAGGGCCAUGACUACGAUAUGGAAAUCUUGAACAAGGUGUUUGGUGACUCUGCAAUAGUGAUCCCACCUCGCAGAUACGCUCUUUUGACUCAGACGUUUGGCCAUGAAGAUGCCGAGCGUGAGGCAUACCUCGGUUCGCCGUCGGAAGAAUGGAAUGCAAGAAAACUGUUGGAGGAAUCCAAGUUCAUCCACUUCUCAGAUUGGCCAUUGCCGAAGCCUUGGUUGAAAGCGACAGAGAAGCAGAUUGCGGAACAACAACCUCCAUGCAGAUCGGUACCGGAAGGCAAGCCAGAUUGUACAGACCAGGAGGCGUGGUUGAAGCUUAGGAACGACUUCUCUGAGCGGCGUCUGCGCAUUUGUGGGAGAGCCUAUGAUACACCGGUCUUGCGCAGCAACGCCCGUUCAGAUGGCGAUUGA